GUUCCGCCGCCAAAACUAUCGGCCCAAGACAUCGCAUCGUAUGUAAAUUAAGCUUCACUUAUGGAUAUCUCAAAGUAUAAGUUCACUCGCACCCUGCCAAAAUCGGUAGUGCCAGCUAUUGAAACUAUCAUUCAUGUAGCUCACCAAGGCAAAGCACCAGACAUGGUAGCAAUAGCCGCCAUUUUUACCACCACCUACAAAUGGGUGACUCAGAUCCGACGACGCCUACAGGAAUUCGAGAGCACCGGAAUCGAUGAUCGGAAACGACCUGGUCCCAAAUACCUACAGAUGGAUCUGAAGGCUGUAGCGAGAGCGAUUGAGGGCAGGUAUGGAUUUAGUUUUGGUCUGAGUACAAUUAGUAGGUCGAUGAAGAAUAAUGGGAUACCGCCUAAGCGAACAAAUCAGUUUCUGGAAAGGACGAAGUUGGUUUCGACGCAUCUGGAAGGUAUGUCAUGCCGUUAGAAAGGCCAUCAGAAGCGGAAGGUUCUCUGGACGGUCAAGUGAUGGCUAUGGCUGUUAGUGAGGACUUAAGAGCACAAUGAAGGUCCAAGCAUGGAAAUGUUGCAAUGUGAUAAUUACUCAUAGCGACGAGUAGUGGUUAACAUACCCCUCGCUCUACGUUUUACCUGAAUUUAGGGAUUUGAGUGGUCUUUGGGUGCUUUGUUAGGCGAAUAUCCAACGGAAAUCUCUGGACAUAGUUGAAUCUUUCAGGAUGUUGA